AUGGCAAAGCGACCCUCAGACAGGCGUAGCCCCGGGAGGAACCCGGGGCCGCAAGUUCAUGAGAUUUUUGGGUUUGGUAAAAAAGCCCCGGGCGCUCCAUCCAAUCAGUAUCCGCACGAGGACGGACGGCUGACGGGGGAGGAGACAUCAAACCCCCCGCCACCCUCCGGAAGAGGGAGGCAAGUUGGGUACCCGGAGUCGUGCCGGGCGCCGGCCAGGACGACGGACCAGGCGCCCCCGGAGGGCCGCCUGACCGCCGUAGCCUCUGAGGCAGCGCCGCACAGGAGGAAAGAUGGGGCGAGGGAGCCAAGAGAAGGCCCGGCCGCUACUGAAACGCCCGAGGGUGUUGGGUGGGGGGCGUGCGGAAAAGACGAAACGGCAAUCGCCCCGGAGGCCGACAUACCGCCCGCAGAUCCGCCCUGGCCCAACGACGGACAGCAGUCGCCCCGGAGGCCGACGUACCGCCGCAAUUGCGCUCCCCCACCUCGCCCCGGCCGUAACAGCGCGCACCGCGCCGCAAUCGAGAACCCGCCAAGCCCCACCAGCAUACCCCGUGCGUCGCCAACCCCAUCGGCAGGGGAGGGAGACAAGAUCAACCAGGUAGACUGUGGACGCCGAGGCCUGGACGCGGGGACGCCCGCUCCAGGCUGCGUGUGUGGGCUGUUGCAUGCUCCGGGGACCGGCCCUGGGGCCGGGCGGAGCGCAGCAGGGUUUCUAGAACAAGGCCUUGUCCAGCCUGGCCCUGUCUUGCAGGGCCUUGGGGGCGCGGUGGCUCUCGUAAUGCUUAAGAGAGAGGGUGAGAGAAACAAUGUGUUUGCCGGAGAACCGUCACCCAGAGGCGGGCAGCCGUGCCGUGGGCUGAGCACCGGGUGGCGGCCUCCGUUGGAGGACAACUGGGACAGACGGGGCGUCUCGGUCUCGCUUCAGAUAGUGCGGUCGAGGAGGUACGCCAGGGGAGCCGAAACCCCCCCGCGAUGA